AUGCUCAAAGGCUUGUGCGUUUGGUACACCAAUGGCCGCUCAUUCAACUGUGGAAACUUUGAGAAGGAAUCGUGGUCAUGUAAGGUCAAGUCCGACUUGGUAGUCGCAAAGCUGACUGCCGGCCGUGUUCAAUCAUCAGAGUCUUCCUAUAUCGACACUGCCGAGUUCAUCCGCUCCGAUAUGGAUGGUCACCAGUCAGCUUGGCCCCUGAAUGUAUCUACGCUCAGAUAUCUUGGGGAUGGUCCGAAUAGGGUUACGCAAAACAAGACCGAGAUCGUAGAACAGGCGCCAAACCAGCAGCGCGUUGCCACGUGGUCCAUCGGAUGA